UAACGCUCAGUAGCAAUGUAUUGGCAACGCAACAAUUUGACAAUAGAUGUUCAACAUACUAAAGUGAAACUCACCAUUUGGGGAAAUUUAGUUCAUCUGACAUUAGAGUCGAACGUUUCUUUUUCGUUUUGUGAUUGGUAUACGUUAGCACGUUUUACGAAAAACCAACGCAAAAUGCAGAUAUUCGUUAAAACUUUGACCGGCAAGACUAUCACUUUGGAAGUUGAGCCUUCCGACACAAUUGAAAAUGUGAAGGCUAAAAUCCAAGAUAAGGAGGGCAUUCCACCAGAUCAACAACGUUUGAUUUUCGCUGGCAAGCAACUUGAAGAUGGACGCACCUUAUCCGACUACAACAUUCAAAAGGAGUCGACACUUCAUUUGGUGUUGCGUUUACGUGGAGGUAUCAUUGAACCAUCAUUGCGUAUCUUAGCACAAAAAUACAAUUGCGACAAAAUGAUUUGCCGUAAAUGCUAUGCACGCUUGCAUCCACGUGCAACCAACUGCCGCAAGAAGAAGUGUGGACACACCAACAACUUGCGUCCAAAGAAGAAGUUGAAGUAGAUUAAUGAAAUGCUUGGAAGAAGUAUCAUAUUUUCUAUAUUGUUUAAAUUCCAACAACAAUAAACAUAAAAUGUAAA